AAGAAACAGUUAGCUUUUAGAAUCGGACCAGAAUGUUAAAAUAUAGAGGUAUUGGGAUCAAUUCAGUUGGUGUAUCUCGAGGUCUCUCUGCAUGGAGGUUGAAAACUCCUUCUUAUACAGUCCCCCGGCUCUCCCGCUUUAACAGCACAUCCACACAACCAUCAGCAAGCUUAAACUGGGUUGAAUAUUUCAAUUUGAAGAAACAGAAUAAUCGGAUUAACUUGGCAUCUUCGGUGAUCACUGGGGCCUUGGGAGGAUUGCUCACUUUGAACUACUUGGGAAAUAUUGAAAUCGACGUGGAAAAGCCCAUCAUGGGAUUUGACCCAUUCAUUGUGAUGGGAGGUGCUGUGGUCGUGGGCAGUGGAAUAGGUUAUUUGUUGGGACCUUUCUUAGGAACCCCUUUCUUCGGUUUAUUGAACAGAGCAUCCUUGAACCAGUACAAAAUUAAAGAUCAAUUAUUCUUGCAGAGAAUCAAAUUGAAGAGAGUUGAUCCAUCUUCUCAGUCAUUUUCCAACCCAGUUCCAGAUUACUAUGGGGAAAGAAUCUACUCUUUGAACAACUACAAGCAGUGGUUGAGAGAUUGUAAUGCUUUUAGACGGAAAUCAAAGGAGUUUCUUUAGGCUCAUGUAUAUAGGAGGGUAGUAAUGUAGAUACAUCAACAGUGUGUAGAGGGUUUCAAGUACUGGAAGCCCAAAGCCCAAGCUGCAAAACUGGGUUGAGUGACAGUUGCUGAUCGUUCACGUGACGUGAUCAU